UUUUAAUUUUAUUUUUCUUACAAAACUUACAUGCCUAAUUAGUACGCCAUUGGUAGUAAAUAUCUCAGUGUAUGUAUUUGUGUUUAUAUUUCUCCUCUGGUGGGAGAAGAGAAAUGCUUGUCACCUACUCCUUUUCAGUUCACCCUCUCGCUGACCCUCUGCAACUCCUCAAAAACACUGUCUUUCAAGAAAAAAACACGCACUACACGCACUUGAGUGUGCCAAGAAAAGUGAGGUAAAACCAAAAAAAGAUCACUUUUUUCGUGUUUGGGUCGCUUUGUUUGAUGGAGAAGUACCGGUGCAAGUUCUGCUCGAGGAGUUUCGGCAAUGGCAGAGCUUUGGGUGGCCACAUAAGAUCUCACAUGGUGAAUCUUUACGCAGAAUCGAAACACCCGGAGCGAAGAAUCCAUGGAGAAACAGAGCCAAUCCCGUCUUCAGAAACGGAUGAUGAUGGAGAGAAAGACAGCUCUUUUUCCGCCGCCGCCGCCGCAGGCGGCGGCGGCGGCGGUUCGGUGGUGCUUCAGGACACAGAGAGCGAAACUGAAUCGUCCCCGUCAGGGAGAGUUUUCAGGCGAUCCAAAAGGGUGAAAAAAUCAAGAAUCUCUGAAACCAGGACAGGGAAGAUGGGGGGGACAGAUUAUUCUUCAUCAAUGGUGGAGGGAGAGCCCGGCAGUUCAAUCUCAGAAACCUCCCCCGAAGAACACGUCGCGUAUUGUUUAAUGAUGUUGUCGAAAGACAAAUGGAUAAGAGAUGGAGAGGAAAAUUGUGAAGUGGUGAAGAAAAUGAAGGGAAAGGGGAAAUGUUGGUAUAGAUGUGAAGCUUGCAGCAAAGUGUUCAGAUCUUAUCAGGCCCUGGGAGGGCACAGGGCAAGCCACAAGAAGAUCAGAGCCCAGAAGACUCUUCUUGAAGAAGAUGAUAAUGGUGGAAAUGCAGGGGAGAAGAAGAAGAAAAAGAAUGAGAAAAUCCAUGAAUGUCCCAUCUGUUUCAGAGUGUUUUCUUCAGGGCAAGCUUUGGGUGGGCACAAAAGAUCACAUUUUGCAGAUUCAGUGUCAGCAAUUGUUGUUAGCCCAGAAGCCUGUUCUGCUUCCACUUCUACCCCCAUGAAACAAGGGCUAUCAAGAACUGGAGGUCCUUUAAUAGAUCUCAACCUCCCUGCUCCAAUGGAAGAUUAUGAUUAUGAUGAUGAUGAUCUUCUUAGCUUCCCAUGCUGAUGAAGUGAUGAGCAACCAAGUUUGAAUGUUCAGAGGUACAAGGUUUUGAAUUUUCCUUAACUAGGAAUAUGUUUUCUCAUAGCUUGACUGUAAUCCAUCCAUCAGUGAUGGGAAAAUUAAUGGCAGCUUCUUCUAGCUAGUAAUCAAUGGAUGUUAUUAGUUCACACAGAAAGUCUAUAUUUUUGUUUCUAUCUUGGAAAAUCUGCACACAUUGUUGUCUGCAAAUAGAAAACAAUAGUAUUGAUCCACCUGUUAGACCGACCCCGUCACACUUGUCUUCCUAGUAUAGUUUAC